AGGCAACAACAAAAACAACAACAACAAAAGCAACGGCAACAUAACAUCCAGUGAGGCAAAUAGACAAUUCUAGUUGUUAUUUAUUCAUUUCAAAUAAAAACACAAUGGCCUAUGACUUAAAAAAAGAGUCCGACGUUAAGGAAUACGUGGAGAAAUUGGGCGUUGAAUAUCGUUUUGGCUGCUAUUCGGAAAAGAAACCGGAAGUAUGUCAUCUGCUUGGCGAUUAUCUGGAGGGCAUCAAAAAGGACUUUGAAAAGGCAUCCAAAGUAUAUAAAUCGACAUGUGACGAUUAUGGUUAUGCAAAAUCCUGCUACAAAUAUGGCAACUAUAGCUUCCUGGGCAAGGGCAAAAGUGGCAGCAAGGGGGAACCCCGUGUCGCCUAUCAAUAUUAUGAGAAAGGCUGCAAUCUGAAUGAUUCGGAUGCUUGUUUGCAUUCCGGCCUGUUGCUCGUUUCGCGCUCAAUGCCCAAAGAGAUUGACAGAAAUGUGCCCAAGGGUCUGCAAUUCCUGACAAAGAGCUGUGACAUGAAUAAUGCCACCGCCUGCUUCUAUUUGUCGGGCAUGCACAUUUCGGGCGUCCAAAAGAAGCCGGAUGAUGUGACGGUUGGCAGUGGCAGUGGCAGUGGCAGCAUGACGCCAGCAGUUAAGACUGCCGGCAAGGAUAACGACUACAUUGUGCUGAAGGACAUGAAGAAGGCAUUUCAAUUUGCCUACAAGGCAUGCGAAUUGCGUAAUAUGUAUGCGUGUGCAAAUCUGAGUCAGAUGUAUGCACGCGGCGAUGGCAUCGAGAAGAAUGAAAAGGAGGCGGAAAAAUAUAAGAAACUGGCACUGGAAAUGCAGGAUGAGGUUAAAAAGCAACAGGAGACACUCAGCUUUCAACAGGGCGUUGGCAUGCCUAACUGAUUACCAACUAUACCUAUACCUACAUCUAUAUACGAUAUAGUGUUAUCUUACUGCUUCUAUUUCCUCUUUUUGUAUUGUUUGAAUUCAUUAUGAUGCUCUAAUUUCCAAUUCACAUUACACUCUCGUGUUUAUUUGUUUGUUUUUUUUUUUUUGAUUUUUUAGACAAUUUUUUUGUUCAGUUGUAAUGCUACCCUAUCAAUAACUAUUGCUAUCUUAACUUAAGUGGGUUAUAUAAAAAUGAUUUAUAUACUUUUGUUAUGUGUAUAUAAGCAGCAUUUGCGCGUGUGUGUAUGUGCGAGUGUGUCUGAGUGUGUGUAAGAAAGAAAAUUUCUAGUUUUAAUUGUUAAAGUUAAACAGUAACUGGCAACUUGAUAAUCCAUAUAUAUUCGCCCUCGUUGAUACCUUACAUUAAAUACAAA